CCCGUGUGUCGACCUGCCAGAGAACGCAUCGCCCACCAACAAGCAGUCAAAAUGGCCUUCCACAAGCUGGUCAAGAACAGCGCGUACUACAGCCGCUUCCAGACCAAGUACAAGCGCAGGAGGCAGGGAAAGACCGACUACUAUGCCCGCAAGCGCCUGAUCACCCAGGCCAAGAACAAGUACGGCGCGCCCAAGUACCGCCUGGUUGUCCGCUUCACCAACCGCGACAUCAUCACCCAGAUCGUCACGUCUGAGAUCAACGGCGACAAGGUCUUCGCCGCCGCCUACUCGCACGAGCUCCGCGCCUAUGGCAUCCACCACGGUCUGACCAACUGGGCUGCUGGUUACGCCACCGGCCUGCUCCUCGCGCGCCGUGUCCUCACCAAGCUCGGCCUGGACAAGACCUUCACCGGCGUUGAGGAGCCCAAUGGAGAGUACACCCUCACCGAGGCCGCUGAGACGGACGACGGUGAGCGCCGCCCCUUCAAGGCCAUCCUCGAUGUUGGUCUUGCCCGCACCUCGACCGGUGCCCGUGUCUUCGGCGUCAUGAAGGGCGCUUCGGACGGCGGCAUCUUUAUCCCUCACUCGGAGAACCGCUUCCCCGGUUACGACAUUGAGACCGAGGAGCUCGACCCCGAGAUCCUCAAGAAGUACAUCUUCGGCGGCCACGUCGCCGAGUACAUGGAGACGCUCGCCGACGACGACGAGGAGCGCUACAAGAGCCAGUUCGUCAAGUACAUCGAGGACGAGAUCGAGCCAGACUCGCUGGAGGAGCUCUACAGCGAGGCCCACGCCGCCAUCCGCGCGGACCCCUUCAAGAAGUACGAGAGCGACGCGCCCAAGAAGAGCAAGGAGGAGUGGAAGCAGGAGUCGCUCAAGUACAAGCAGAAGAAGCUCACCAACGCCGAGCGCAAGGCUCGCGUCCAGGCUCGCAUUGCCGAGCUUCGGGAGGAGUAGAUGGUUGUUUGCUAGGGAUUGGUUGCAUCGUCUGGGCUCAUGACUGCUUGUUCUUUAGGAGUUCACGCAUUGGGCGCGGGUACAUGGGGGUAAAUGACCACGGUUCACCAAAAGAAAAUGCCAAUCAACUCCAGAGCAUGCCCAGUCAAUCUGUUCCCCUCCAAUUUGCAUGGUGGUCUCGGGAGAGGCAUGACGCGUAGAGCGCCGCUAUGAGCCGGUGAUCUGUUACGUGCUACCGUCUGCUCAGCACUUAUUUCGACGUCGUUCUUUAUGGACGUGGGUUCGGCCGGUCGCUUGUAAUAAUUGAAGCUGGCUGGCUUCAUUCGCCUGCGGGUUGCGAGAUAGAAUGGUGCAAACUCGUCGGCUUUGUUGGUGGCCUACGGUGUAUGCAACGUAGCGUAUGGGUCGUCUGAAACUAUCUUGUCAAAUCUCG